CUCGCUGUGCUGUGAGGUGGUGGGGUCCCCUCCGGCCGCCGCACCCCUCCGCCUUCCAACCCAAGUGCUGUCUCGAGCUCUUGCCCUUCGUCCCGGCCCCGGGACACUGGUGGAAGGCACGGCCUGUCCCUGCCCUGCUCUGCGGGAGUCAUGCAAAGGGCUCCGAAGGAAGGGAAGGCUACUCACCCGCCCGCGUCGACCGUGGUCGAGGGGCACCCUGCUCUCUGAAACGUCCCCCACCUGCUGCCAUGUGUCGCCGCCACAGGUACCUAGCUUGUCGUUAAACUUUACCAGAUCUAGCCUGAUUCGGAGUCGCUGGACGGAGGAGCCCGGCUAGCUGCAGACAAUCUGCCGCCCAGCAGGAUUCUCAGAGACUUAUGUCCUUGGAAUCCGAGCCCUAACCGUCUCUCCAGCCCUAUCUGGCGUGGAGCUGAGCGCUGCCGGCGGAGGUAGCGCCUUCCCGAAACAGUUUCUCUUCGGACGGCUUUCUUUAAGAGAAAAAGAAACCAACAGGUAGCCAGUCCAGGCGUCACACUCUGGAGAGGAAAGCCCCGGCUGUGGAUUCGUCGGUCCUCAGAGACCCGGGCAGCGGGAGGCCAAGGGAAGAAAGGGGGGAGAUGGCUCGGCCUGACCCGUCCGGGCCGCCUUCGAUGCUGCUGCUGCUGCUAGCGCAGCUGGUGGGCCGGGCAGCAGCCGCCUCCAAGACUCCGGUGUGCCAGGAAAUCACAGUGCCCAUGUGCCGCGGCAUUGGCUACAACCUGACGCACAUGCCCAACCAGUUCAACCACGACACGCAGGACGAGGCAGGCCUGGAGGUGCACCAAUUCUGGCCCCUGGUAGAGAUCCACUGCUCCCCAGACCUGCGCUUCUUCCUGUGUUCCAUGUACACACCCAUCUGCUUGCCGGACUACCACAAGCCGUUGCCACCGUGCCGCUCCGUGUGCGAGCGCGCCAAGGCCGGCUGCUCUCCGCUCAUGCGCCAGUACGGCUUCGCCUGGCCCGAGCGCAUGAGCUGCGACCGCCUCCCCGUGCUGGGUGGCGACGCCGAAGUUCUGUGCAUGGAUUAUAACCGAAGCGAAGCCACUACCGUGUCCCCUAAGUCCUUCCCGGCCAAACCCACACUCCCAGGUCCACCAGGGGCGCCAGCUUCCGGGGGCGAGUGCCCCUCGGGAGGCCCGUCUGUGUGCACGUGCCGGGAUCCCUUCGUGCCCAUCCUGAAGGAGACACACCCGCUCUACAACAAGGUGCGCACUGGCCAGGUGCCCAACUGUGCGGUGCCCUGCUACCAGCCGUCCUUCAGCCCGGACGAGCGCACGUUCGCCACCUUCUGGAUUGGCCUGUGGUCUGUCCUGUGCUUCAUCUCCACGUCCACCACCGUUGCCACCUUCCUCAUUGACAUGGAACGAUUCCGCUACCCUGAGCGACCCAUCAUCUUCCUGUCUGCAUGUUACCUGUGUGUGUCACUGGGAUUCUUGGUGCGCCUGGUCGUGGGCCAUGCCAGCGUUGCCUGCAGCCGUGAGCAUAGCCACAUCCACUAUGAGACUACUGGCCCCGCGCUGUGCACUGUUGUCUUUCUUCUAGUUUACUUCUUUGGCAUGGCCAGCUCCAUAUGGUGGGUCAUCUUGUCGCUCACCUGGUUCUUGGCUGCUGGCAUGAAGUGGGGCAAUGAAGCCAUCGCAGGCUAUGCCCAGUACUUUCACCUGGCUGCCUGGCUCAUCCCCAGUGUCAAGUCCAUUACGGCGCUGGCACUAAGCUCCGUGGACGGGGACCCAGUAGCUGGCAUCUGCUAUGUGGGCAACCAAAACCUGAACUCGCUGCGUGGCUUCGUCCUUGGCCCACUGGUGCUCUACCUGUUGGUGGGCACGCUCUUCCUUCUGGCAGGCUUCGUGUCGCUCUUCCGCAUCCGGAGCGUCAUCAAGCAAGGUGGCACUAAGACGGACAAGCUGGAGAAGCUCAUGAUCCGCAUCGGGAUCUUCACUCUGCUCUACACGGUGCCAGCCAGCAUCGUGGUGGCCUGCUACCUGUAUGAGCAGCACUACCGGGAAAGCUGGGAGGCGGCCCUCACCUGUGAGUGUCCGGGCCCCGAUGCUGGCCAGCCGCGUGCCAAACCCGAGUACUGGGUGCUCAUGCUCAAGUACUUCAUGUGCCUGGUGGUGGGCAUUACGUCGGGAGUCUGGAUCUGGUCCGGCAAGACCCUGGAGUCUUGGCGGCGCUUCACCAGCCGCUGCUGCUGCAGCUCUCGGCGGGGCCACAAGAGCGGUGGCGCUAUGGCCGCAGGAGACUAUGCGGAGGCCAGCGCCGCGCUCACCGGCAGGACCGGGCCGCCCGGCCCCGCCGCCGCAUACCACAAGCAAGUGUCCCUGUCGCACGUAUAGGAGGCCUGGAGACCCAGGGACAGUGCUGGGAGUUGAAGGAGGGGGGGUUGUUUUGCUUGGUAGCUUUGUGAAGGUCACUUCCGUUUACCUUCUUGGUGCUGCUGCCUCCUCCCUGAGCAGCUUGGAGAGGAAAAGGGGGCGGUUUCAAGAGUGUACCUGUCUCCAGUCUUCUACCUGGGAGCUCGGCUCGCCUACGUUGUAUCCUAGUUUGCAUUUCUUACUGCCUUGUUUAGACGUACCCAGUUUUUAAUUUAUAUGUAUUUUAAUUUUUAAAUUUGUUGCAUUUUGGCAACAAAAUUUACCUUUGUUUUGGAGGCUUCUCAAUCCUCAAGCUGGCGUUGUAAUGAGGUUACCGGUGGUUCAGGUCUUUUAUUUUUUAUUUUUUGGACUGUGUUGUCUAAAC